AUGUUUCGAAUCCUUCAAAAUCAAACGAGGAGUUCAAAGAUAAUACUUUCUCACAAAUGUACUCAUUUACCAUUAAAUUUGUCUCGUUCUAUGAAAAGAGCAGCGGAAACAGUUUCGAUUGAACAAGUCGAGCAUGGUCGAUUUUACUAUGAUAAUAUAUACCCUCUUAAGAUAGGGUCUUUUGAUAUUCGGCAUUUUCUUGUUAGGUCGAAUAAAGAAAGACUAGAAAAGAAAUUGAAAACAGGAAAAUGGAUUCCUGCUGAAGAUGAAAUGCCAUAUAAAUUUAAAGUCGAAGGCGUAGAACCAAGAAAAAAGGAAGGUGGAAUGUUAGUUAAAUUUACUUUUCGAGUUGAGCCAGAGAAGAAAAAGAAGGCAUUAGAGGAAAUAAGUCAACUUGUAGAGGAUUUUUUAAAAGACAAAAAGAUUAUACCAUGGUUCAACGUUCGCCCAACAAAGGCAUAUUUGGGAGAACCGUUUAUUGAAGAUUUGGCUUAUAGAUACCCUGCAAGCCGUUUACGUGUUGAAUUUCAAGGAAAUGAUGUUUCAAUUGAAACUCUUUAUAAAUACCUCCGACCAUAUGGUUUAAUUCGGGACAUAACUUUAUUGCCACCAUCUUCUAAAGAUCUUCCACGAUACGUAAUGGUGCUAUACUCGAAAAUGCGAUCCGCUACUAGUGCUAAAAAUUGCGUACAUGGAUUAUUUGUGAAAGACACAAGAUUGAAUAUUAUAUAUGAUAUGCCUCUUAAAACAAAUCAAAUUUAUAAUUGGAUGGCAGCUCAUCCAAGGAUUUCGGUUCCAUUUAUUGCUGCCUCAAUUGCUUUCAUAACUUAUACCAUUUUUGACCCAAUCCGCGUCUUCUUCAUAUCAUCAAAAGUCACACAACGGUUCAACAUUCGGGAAUAUCGUUUAUAUCAAUGGCUUAGGAAGGAGACAAUUGAUCGAGUAAGAGCUCUUCGUGAAACGUCAGAAGAUGAAGAUGAAUCUUUUGCUGAUCUGAGUGCUUGGAAAGAAAGAGAACAGGAAGAAUCUAAAUUGCAAAAUUGGUUAAAAGAGCCACCAGAAACGUUUAUUGUUUUACUUGGUCCAACUGGUAGCGGUAAAAGUAGCCUUAUUAAUAAAGUUAUACAAAAAAAGAGAAAUAAAGUAUUUAUAAAAUGUGAUGUUAUCCUCAAUUCUCGGGAUGAAAACGAACUUGUCUUAAAGUUAGCAAAACAAGUGGGAUAUUUCCCUGUUUUUACCCUCUUGGUUACUUUAUCAAAUUUGAUUGAUGGAUUAGCCAGCGCAACUAUAGGGCAGAAAACGGUUGGAUUUUCUUCAACCACUGAUACUGAAAUUAAGAAAAUCCUUGACGCACUCGCAAUUUCUUUGCAUGAUAUCGCACCCGAGUCCUUAACCAAGAGGUCAUGGUACAAUCAGAAAAAAUCACAUGAUUAUCUUGAAGCUCCUAUAGUUGAUUCUUAUGAUCCGGCGGAAAUUCCUAUUAUAGUAAUUGAUGCUUACAUGACCAAGGAUAAGGAAAGCCACGAAUUAUGGGAUCAUUUGGCAAAAUUAGCGGCUUUACUUGUUGAAAAUAAAGUUGCGCAUGUAGUGUUUGUAAGUUCAAACAUAGGAAUUGUCAAGCAUCUAAGUCGAGCUCUUCCAAAUAAGUCAUUUAAUUAUGCUGUUCUUUCGGAUGCUCCACAUGAAAGAGCCAUUAGUUUGGUAAAGCGACAUGUACAUGAUAAAAAUCUUGAAGGAUUGGAAGAAGCCGUUGGUGUACUUGGCGGGCGGUUAACGGACUUGCGACUAUUUAUUAAUAAAAUACGUAGUGGACAAAAACCAAUUGAUGCGUUGCAAGAUCUUGUUGCUAAAGCAAUAAUUGACGUUCGUAAACUUGCAUUUGGUGACGACAAUGAAGACGCAACAACUAUUCCCUGGAGUGGUAUACAAUUUUGGGAAAUCAUGAAAAAAUUAUCUAAAGGAGAAUCUGUAUCCUAUGAUUCUGUUAAAUUUUCACCGAUAUUUGGGGGAGAUGAUACUCAAAUUAGAGCUAUGGAACAAGCUGAACUAAUAUCUAUUACGCAGAUUAAUAAUAAUGGUCGUCCAAAUAUUAUAAAACCUGGGAAGCCACUUUAUCAAGCGGCUUUUGCGGAAAUUAGUCGUGAUGAAUUAUUUGCAGCAACCAUGGAACUUCAAACAGUUCAACACCUUUUAUCACUUGAGAAUAAUAAGAUCAAAAAGUUUGAAGAUGAACUUGAAAAAUUGGGAUCAUUAUUUGUUAAAAUAGAUGGUAAAUGGUUACUUGGUAACGGUCAUGUACCGGAAACUGUAGAACAUCGAAAUUUAAAAAAAUAA